AAUAGCACGAGCUCUAAUAUCACUACGAAUGAAUGGCGUUUCUGGCAUUCGGACUUCCGCUCUGAGUCGUGGCCCACUCUUCCGAGUCAACUUCACGACUUUGUUACUCAAAUACCUACACUAGUACUGUGGUCUUUUUCGAAUAGGUAAGUUUACAUAUAUUAAUGGUCAGGUCUUACAGAAUACUGCAGCAGUUCAGUCUACUCCGUCGUCGCUUGUCCCAGCGCAGACGGAUCCGACAUCCUCGAAAGACUUCCGAUGUCUUCCUAUUCCGAGACGACUCCGCUAUGACCCUGAUAAGCCUUUCCACUUCGGAAUGCUGCUCAAUGUAUCUUUUGGCAUAGGCAGUACUUUAAUUGUCGCCAACCUAUAUUAUUGUCAGCCAAUUCUAAUUCAAUUGUCGGCCUCUUUCCAUGUCACGUAUAACGAGGUGGCAAGAAUACCAACGCUAGUUCAAGCUGGGUUUGGUAUCGGUCUCCUAUUCAUAACGCCACUCGGCGACAUGCUUCGCCGGCGCCAGUUGAUAUUGCUCUUGAUUGUGUUUCCAACUACCUUAACAAUAGGACUCGCCAUCACAAACAACCUCUUGGUGUUCGAGAUAAUCUCCUUUCUGAUUGGGUUGACGUCUGUCUCUCCUCAAAUUCUCAUGGCACUGGCUGCUGAUCUCGCUCCUCCCGCCCGUCGUGGAUCAGCUAUUUCAGUUGUCCAGUCAGGUUUUCUGCUUGGCAUCCUCAUCGCACGUGUACUGUCUGGCUUAGUGGCCAAUUUCACGAGUUGGCGAAUUGUGUACUGUAUGUCUAUUGGCGUCCAGAGCGUUGUCCUGGGUGGUGCAUACAUGUUGCUUCCGGACUACCCAGUGAAGAACCGUGAUUUAUCCUACUUCGGGAUAUUUCGUUCCAUGGCGAAAUAUAUUGUCACCGAACCUCUCGUCAGCCAGAUCAUGUUAACAAGCUGGUCUGCCAGCGCAUGCUACACCAAUUGGUGGGUGACCCUCACGUUUCUACUCGGCGGACCGCCAUAUAACUACUCUACGGUGAUCAUCGGCUUGUUUGGCCUUGUUGGAAUGUUGGGUGUAAUUGUCAUACCAUUCUUUGGCCGUCUGCUCGAUCGGCUUGUGCCAUGGUGGUCCGUUAUUGUUUCGACUGUGUUUCUUUUGGUGUUCCAAGCAGUACAAACUGGGGCGGGAGGUAAAAACAUCGCCGCGGUCGUCAUCUCUUGCUUUGGAUUAGACAUGUUCCGCCAAACUCAAUCCAUAUCACUCUCUACACUAAUGUUCAGCAUUUCGGAGACUGCGCGCUCGCGUUUGUACGCAUUGACGAUCAUAUCAGUUUUUCUGGGUCAAAUUACAGGGACGUCCGUUGGGACUGACGUCUUUGUUGGAUAUGGCUGGCGUGCAGAUGCUGUGCUGUUCAUGGCCAUGUAUGUCUUCCAGCUCGUUGUGCUUAUCCUUAGAGGUCCCCAUUGUCCCCGGAAUCGCUGGUUUGGUUAUGAAGGCGGGUUGCAAUUCUGGAAGAUCUUGCCGUCCAAGCAGUCCCAACUAGUUGCGAGCGACGACCCUGAGAACGCAGAAUGUGGUCAGCUGGCUGUAGUAUGCAGCGAGAAGGGGGAUGCCAAAGGGGGCGCUGAGGAGUUCCGCUAGUCUGAAAAAAUCUCGAGCCGAAAUUUGACACUAGUACUGAACAUUAUAUACUGCUAGCUUAGCUUAGAG